AUGGCCAGCGCAUUCACACGGCUCUUCUUGCCAUCCCAUCGCAAGAACAACAACAACAACACCAACACCAGCACUCACAGCACCAGCACCAACGCGCGCCGUCACGAUGCAAGCCGCACGCGCUUCCCCACCUCGUCCACCUUCGAUCUGCGCCACUCGAUCCCCGAAGAAUCCGCCUCCGCCACCGACGCCACCUUCCCCGCACUGCCGUCGUCGAGCUCGCUCACGGUACACCAUCUGAACCGGCACGUCUCGCCGCCCAUCACCGAUGCGACGCUCAGGCGCAAGUCGCUCGCGCUCGAGCCGGUGCAUGCCCGCCCUGCAUUGCCGCGCUCGUUCAGCGCGUACGAUGUAACGCUCCCGCCCGAGUCGCAGGCGGAGGAUACGGCAAGCAUACCUACACCGCCAAGCCCCGCGCCAGUGGUAGACGACGAUGACGACCUCGAUACCAACCCGCUGUACCUGCGCUUGUCGGAGCAUGAGGAAUUGCACGCGGACUGGAGCGCAGCGCAGGUAGCGGUGGUGCCGCUCGCUAGGGCGAUUGCGGCGCAUAGCGCCAUUCAGCCACAGGAUCUGGAUGACCCGGCCUACAUAGCUCUGCAUGCUUUCGCGCCGUCCAAGCUGUACAAGCAUCAGUUUGUCUCGGUCCGCUCCGUGCGAUCAUCCGCUACCCACCAGGUUGCAGGACAGUACGAUUGGAGUAGUACGACGCUUACUGCCACGCUCGAUGCGGAUCGGCAAUCCAUCACCAUCGUCGAGUCGCCCGCCGCAGCCACGCGCACCGUCGCCAUCCUGGGCGAAACGACCAUCUAUCGCUCCACACCCACCGCCAAGGUGCGUGUCUUUUCGGUCGAUUUGCCCGUCGUCCAUCGCCAGCCUGCCACCAACGCUGCCCCAGUUCAACCGGACGAGCAGCCGGACGAGGCGGACCAGAGUGUGUCGGAGCUCAUCCUGCGGCACGUUGCGGCGGAGCGCGUGUUUGCAGCCGACCUGGUGCUGCUCGCGCAUCCGCGCACGUCGUCGGUGCGGCUCGACGCUGCGCUCUCCGCGGCAUUCAGCGUGCUAGUUGCAGCCGCACACCAGUUCACCGCGUCGUUCGUCUACGUGCGCGGCUUCGACAGCUACAACGCGCACCGCAUCCGGCGCGGCAUCUGGUUCAAGGCAUGGAAGGCGUUCGAGGAGCGGCUUGGCAGUGAGCAUGUGGCGAGGUUGGGGGUGGAGCCGUUUCACCGCAUCAAGUCGGUGCUCGAAAGCGUCACCAUGGGUCUUGUGCACACCAAGAUGUACGGACCCAUACAGGAUCAGCUGCUGGAUGCGGAUUUGGUCACGGAUGAUGUGCUCGCCGCGUGUGCGGCAGCCAAUCUGAGCAUGGCGGAUUUGGGCGUGCAGAACGCUGCGCUGCGUUGUAGGGCUGAUCGUCUCACGCGUGCGGUGGAGGUGCUCGCGACGGGGUUGGCCGACGAUGGAGGGUGCGAGGUGGACGAUGCAGUGGCUACGGCGGAUGUCGAUGCACUGCGUGCGUUGGCGGUGCAGGGUGCACCGACGGUGCGGAUACACAGUGAUCUUGGGAUUGCGGCAACGCAGGGGGUUUCGUUGCAUCGACGUACGCCGUUGCAGAUCCUCCAGACUCUGCGUGCGGUGAUUGACGAGGUCGGAUGGGCGGCCGAACGUGCCUCAUCCCGCGGUGAUGCACCGCCGUUGGGGACGGACGAUUUGCUGCCCAUCCUGAGCUAUGUGUUUGUGCGCGCGCGUCCGUCGCGAUUGUGUAGCAUGCUCUACUACGCGCGCGCCUUUACGCUUACCGAUACCGCCACCGCCCCGGCACUGCAAUGGGCACUCGUCACGUGCGAUGCCGUCGUAGCAUACCUGCGCACCGAUCCCUUCCGGCUUGUUCGACGACGCUCCAGUGCAGGCACCGAGUCGGUACGCAAAUCCACCUCCAACACGGGAGAUGCGCUGUUGCGCUCGUUGUCGUCCCGAUCGCAGGCUUCAACUCUGAUGGUGGGAGCAGGUAUGGCUCGUUCACCAUCCGGUCCUUCGGGGUCCGUAGCUUCACCACCACCCUCUCCGCGAUCACCCUAUCCCCCAGAAGACGAGGAGGAGUUCAAGAUGCCUGGAUGGCCAGCUUCUCGACGCAAUAGUCGAAUACUUGGUCGACCCGCAUCGGUAUUCUCGCUCGAAGACGAUGAAUCGCUGGAACUCGGUCGAGGUGGGCGGGAGCGCACACUGUCGUCGAGCAGUGGGGCGGAAGUGCAGAUUCGUCCUCAGAUCGUUCGGACCAUCAAACGCGGUAGUGUGAGUGCGCGCUUGGAGCGCUCGGGAAGUAGCGGUAGCACGGGUGUUCAGGUUAGGGUGGUUGGAUCACCCCAGCUCAAGGACCGAGACGAGAGACGCAAAAGCGUGGAUUCGUGGAGCUUUGCACUCUUCCCACGCCGUCCCCAAGCUGGUGGCGAGGUGGACGAUGUCAAUUGCCAACCCAACGGCGUCGAAGUGCCGCACCAACCCUCAAGCAAGCGCACCGACGAAAGAUGGGCAAAGUUGGUCAGUAGCACAGUCCUGCCACCCCAGGUGGACACGAGUGCGACCAGUGCAGCUGUCUCGCCGCCGUCGUUGGCGUCUAUGCAUGCGCUCAGAGCGAGCAUCUCCAAACCAGCAUAA